UCGGAACGCAUAAUUUAUACGCUAACCACAAUGGACGACCAGGAAUUUCAAUUGGCCAGAAACGAUUUCGAUCUGGAUGCCAUCCGAAAUCGACUGAUCAACUGCAUCUGUGAGCUGCAAUCAAGACGGAAUGAGGUUAACUCGCUGAAAUCUGCUCUGGAUGAUUCUAAUCGAGCAAAAGCCACGCUGGAGCAAGAUGCGAAAAAUUUCAAUCGAGAAUUAACAGACCUUCGGGAUCAACUGAAAAUUGCACUGGACGCGCUCAAUCAAAAGGACUCAAUCCGGAAUGGAUUCAUGGAAAAUGCUGCCCGGCAGAAUGUGCAGCUGGAAGCGUUGACGAACGACAACGAACGGUUGCAGGCAAAGAUGCAGGCGUCUCAGGUGAAGAUUAUGGAACUGACACGGGACAACAACAAACUACGGGACCAAAUGAAGGUUCUGCAGGGAACGCAGAAUCAACCCGGCGAAACUGCCGAUCGAAUCUGGAAGGCGAUGGAUACUCUCAAUAGUCAUUUGCAAAAGCUGGAAGCUGAACACGUGGUGCUCAGUGAAACGGCCGAGUCGUCGAACAAGUUAGCUGAAGAAGCCGCUGUCGCAGUUGCCAACAGCAAGAGCAGUCUGAUGAAGAUGCAAUCCGAUAGUAUUGUUUUCAUGCGGAGAAUAGUGGAUUUGGAGGCAAAACUUCUGUCAAUUUCGUCGAAGACUGAUGGGAAUGGUGCAGCAGAAAAUGAGGAGGAUUCAUAUGUAAAGUUUGAAGAGCACUUGAAAGUGAUCAAUGGAGAACUGGAACAGGAACGUGAAGCGAAUGUUAAGUUGAGAGCUGACAUUUCUUCACUGCUGGCUCUUCAGGAUUGUCUCACCAAACAGCUGGAUGUUGCAGUCAACCCAUGCAACAACAACAGCAGCAACGAACCAAUCGAAAAGCAUUCGAAAUCUACCGAUGUCGAAUCAAUGGAAGCAUCCUCUUGA